UUUGUCUACAAAAAAGCAAUGGGAAAAGAAGCCCAUAUUGUCAUUGUACCAAGUACAGGCAUGGGACACUUGAUCCCUUUAGUCGAGUUUGCUAAAAAACUAAAGAUUCACCACAACAUCUCAGCCACUUUCAUCAUCGCAAAUGAUGGAUUUUUAUCCAAAUCUCAAAACACUUUUCUUGAGUCACUCCCUAAUGGCCUAAACUAUCUCCUUCUCCCCCCUGCUAACUUUGAUGAUCUGCCAUCAGACGCCGUCAUAGAAACGCGUAUAAGCCUCAUGGUUACGCGGUCUCUUGAAUCGCUUCGUGAAGUAUUCAAGUCCUUAGUUGUGGAAAAAAACAUUGUGGCUUGUUUUGUUGAUAUUUUUAGUGCAGAUGCAUUUCAUGUUGCUAUUGAAUUUGGUGUUUCGCCUUAUUUGUUCUUCCCAUCAAAUGCUAUGGGCCUGUCUUUGAGUUUUUAUCUGCCUAAACUUGAUCAAAUGGUUUCAUGUGAGUAUAGAGACUUGCCUGAACCGGUUCAAAUCCCUGGCUGCAUACCGAUUCCUGGAAAAGACCUGAGUGACCCGCUUCAGGAUAGGAAGAAUGAUGCUUACAGAUGGAUGCUUCAUAAUGCGAAGAUGUACCUAAUGGCUGAAGGUAUAGUUGUAAAUAGCUUCAAGGAGUUAGAGGAUGGCGCCUUGAAAGCUUUAAUAGAGGAUGCUGAGCCGGGUAAGCCACGAGUUUAUCCAAUUGGACCGUUGGUUCAGAUGGAUUCGAGAAAUGAUGAUGUUGAUGGGUUGGAUUGUUUGAGGUGGUUAGAUGAUCAGCCUUGUGGUUCUGUUUUGUAUAUAUCUUUUGGGAGUGGUGGAACCCUUUCUUCUAAUCAGCUUAAUGAGUUAGCCUUGGGUUUGGAGUUAAGUCAACAAAGGUUCAUCUGGGUGGUUAGACGUCCAAAUGAUCAACCCAAUGCCACGUUUUUCGAUUCUCAUGGUCAUGAGGAUUUUUUAAGUUUCUUGCCAAAAGGGUUUUUGGAAAGAACCAAAGCUAUUGGGCUUGUGGUUCCUUCUUGGGCCCCACAAACCCAGAUUCUGAGCCACAGCUCAACAGGCGGGUUCUUGACCCAUUGUGGUUGGAACUCGGUCCUUGAGACUGUAGUUUAUGGCGUACCAGUAAUCGCUUGGCCACUUUAUGCGGAGCAAAAAAUGAAUGCGGUAUAUUUAACAGAUGGACUUAAAGUAGCAAUAAGGCCCGCCAUUGGUGAAAAUGGCAUCGUGGGGAGGGAGGAGAUCGCAAGGGUCGUGAAAGGUUUAUUUCAAGGGGAAGAUAGAAAAGCGAUUUGUAGUAGAAUUCAGAUUCUCAAAAACGCCGCUGCUAAUGUCGUUACUAAAGAGGGGUGUUCUACAAAAACCUUAGAUCAAUUGGCAUCAAAGUUGAAACAUAAGAUUUAACCCAUUAGAUUUCAAAUAAGAUAAUAUGUUAAGAGUUGAUUUCAACCAAAAUAUUGUUACCACUUUAUGCCUUCUUGUACUUGGUAUCUAAAAUCGAAAUACAAUUUAACAAACUAGAUGAAUAGU